AUGGAGGAACGAUGUGUUCUCCUUUUUUUUGAAUGUUUGGUUAAUAAGAUCUAUGAAUGUCACAAAUCCAUUGAAGAUGUUGUAACGAAAUUUGAAAAUAGUGCUUAUUGGGUCAUCGAUUUGUCAAAAUAGUGAGGAGAGCUCAAAUUUACUAAACAAAAAAUUAUUAAAAAGAUGAUAUAGAUGAUGAAAUUGUUAAUUAUCAUGCCAUUCAAUAGAAUCAUAAGCAUAAUAAACUUAAAACCUAUAAAUAUAUGUAGAAUACUGCAAUGAAAUUAAAUCUGUUAUUUAGAUUAGGAUAAAACGAAAUUUCACAAAAUUUUUAUUUAAUUAAUUUUUGA